UUUUUACGCCCCCGUGGCCAGGCCAUAUCGACCUUAUAUCGGUUCCUCGACGAGCAACUCGUGCAGAACAGUCGCCCCGUUGUCGUCUCCUGCUACGUCGGCAUCGGCCGCACUGGCACCGUACUGGCCUGCUACCUCGUCAAACGCGGUGCGGACCCAGCCGACGCCAUCAACGAAGUGCGCCGCCUACGCCCCGGCUCUGUCCAGACGCCGGAACAGGAAGCCGCCGUCCACGAGUACGCCCAGCGACAUACCGCAGGAAGCGAUUCCGCCGGGUAA